GCCCAGCCCAUGCUGGCCCGGCUUAGCCACACACACGCCAUGAAGUAUCCUCUGGUACCGCUGGUGAACGACCUCACGUUUUCUUUCCUGGUGUUCUGGCUCUGCCUGCCCGUGGGCUUGCUGCUGUCCUUGCUGAUCGUCUGGUUUCACUUCUUACUUAGCCAAGAUUCAGAGGAAAAUGACUCAGAUUUAUGCUUUGAUUGGGAGUCCUGGAGCAAAGGCCCAGCCGAGUUUCGUCGUGACAAGACACGCCAAAGCCAAAAGGAGGAGAGGCCCGGCUGGUGAGCAUGUCAUGCCAGCUUGCUUACCCUGGAGUCAGCUGGGCAGUGGCAAUGGUCGAAGUGGAAGGGAGAGACUCACCGGGGAGGGAAGAGGACUUUGGCGAGUGAAGUGCUUCCCUGGGACCCCCACCGAUGGACACACAAGUGCCUCCGGAGGACCAGCUAUUCUCCAUUACAGACGAUGCCCCCAGGCCCCCAGGGAGGAGCCCAAGUCUGUAAAGAUGGUCUAAGCAGGCACACAGGGCAAAGAUGGUGACUCCAUUCAGAGGCCAUCCUAGGGCAGGGCUGGGCCAGAGGGUGUGGGUCCAUAGUAAAGAAACCAGAGGCUUCCUGUGAUCCGGAGACCCCUGACAAAUGCGCUGGGCCUGGCCAACUCCAUUCUUUCAACGAGCUGUGGGGCCUGAGCCCAGCCCCAGCCGUGGCACCAACCUGAGCCAUUGCCAACCCCCUUGGGAAUCCCUGACCCUCCUUCCCAUCUGUUCAGAAGGCUGGGUGAUCUUGCUCUGCGAUCAGACUCACUCACCUUGAUUAGCCUUCAGGUUGAUUUUAAUAUUAGAAUGAAUAUUGAUUUUAUAAAUAUCUACAGGCGUCUCCCACAUGCCUAGUUGUGCUAAGGAGAGCUCAUGUUUAACGAGUGCUUACUGUGCCCCUGGCUCUGUUCUGGGUGGCGCUUUUACACACAUUCUUGUUUUUAACCCUCACAAGAAUUCUAUGCGGUAGGGUCUUUGGUUAUCUCUGUUUUGUAGAUGGGGAAACUGAGGCCCAGAGGAGUCAA